UAAACAAGGACAUAUAAUCACGAUACUUAUGCUGGGCAACAAGAAGAUGGUUUACUGCAAAUACACUUUUAUCAACACUACCGAGUGCGAGUUUGGAUGCUGUACGCAUGGAUGCUGUACACAGAAUCAUGCGGAGCAGAAUGAAGCAGAAUACAAACAGAUCAUGUGGAUAUUUGGCGCGAUGGUGGGCGGCUUCAUCGCGCUCGUCAUCAUAUAUUACCUGAUCUGUCGCUGCUGCAAGGCCGUCAAAAACAGACGUAGAAGAGCAGGACACGUACCUGGGCUUUGUAUAAUUACCAUCGAUCUAGAACAGCAUACCGCCAAUGAAUUCAGCCGACCCGCGAGGCACGCCACUGCGCAAACAUCCCUCCCUGGGACCACCGGCCCCGCCUACGACGACCUGUUUGAUGUUCAUAGGCGUGGGAACCGCCUCAUGCAGCCGCUCGGGUUAUUGCGGCGACAGAACGGGCCAUCCAUACAUGAAAUACCAAACUAUACAAAUGCCGGGAGGGACUCGCACGAGCAACCCGGGGACGGGAAAGUUAAUACAUCUAACGGUCGAUUGGACCCUCCUGCCACUCCGGAAGUGAAUCGCCCUUCAACUGUUAACGACAUUGAUGUUGCUAAUGUGAAUUUCGCGUUUAUGACUGACGAGGAGACCAGUAAACCGCAUCAGGGGGGAGAGCGACCCUGGCCGUACGUGGGUUCGGGUAACACCGGUAGUGAAAUGCAGUGUCCCGGGCUUGCGGGGCUUUGGGGUAGCGAGGCUUAGAUAGAUCAGUGUUUCCUACAUUAGAACGUAUUCACACUAGAACUCGAUUAGAAAGUUCCAUACUAGUGUGGCCACAAGGAAACUCGGAACUCUUUACCCGCUACCGAACUAUUUACCGCUUUUAACACUAUUGACCGGUGAUUUAUAUAAAAAGCCAUAUAAUAAUGUUAAAUAAUGAUGUCACAUAUAUUGUAAUAAAUUAGGACAAGUAUAAUUAUUUCAGAUUAUGUACAAUUUGUUCGAGCUUAUAUAUAUAGAGAGAGAGAUGCCGGAUAUAGCAAUGGAGUUAACGACUUGGUGUUUACACGUAUUACGGGCAACACUUGUCCUUCCCCGCCCUCGAGCAAAAACUAUUGGCCGGAAAGCCAUCCAAUAAAAGUAUACUAUAUGGUCAUGUUAUUAUGAUUUCACACUUAACAACUUCACGGACAUGAUCAUUUUGAACAUCUCCAAAUAUCGGACAAUCGUAUAGGUUAUAACUAACAUAGCAUGGAGUCUAUUCGUUGCCAUAAAUCCAGACGUGUGUGUGUGUGCAUUUCUUGUUAACCGCCCAUUCAUCGUUUGAAUGUUUACAUUUUACACUGUACUUUUUGCAUUUUCAUUGUUCAGGUUGUUUUAUUUCGUUGCAUUUAUUCAACAUUUAAGAUUAAGCCUUGUGUAUUGUGUUAUGUAAGGUCAUUCUAUGAAAGACAUGCAUCGAUUUAAGACUGUAUAUCUAAAUGCCUUAUUGAUUACCUUAUCAAGGGUAGGUAAUAAAUAGUGUUGCAUUUGUACCAAUCAGACGUUCUUUACAACUCUGCAUUAAAAAAAAUAUGACUUUUUAUAAAGACAAAUCAAGAAAGUUAGUUAAACAUUAUUGUUUUUUGGAAUGAUAUAAAACUUUGGGGUUAUUUAAUAGCAUUUCCGGAAAAUUACAAAACUACUAGACAACUGCAAGCAGACGACAUAUAUUUAGACACGACAUUGUACUUUCACACUAUCUUAAAAAGAAAAAGUAUUCUUCACAAGGGAACAGGCCAAGUAUUUUUUUACAUAGUAAUCUUGAUAUGAAUAAUAGUAAUAAUAAUAAAAAGAAAGUCUUGGUUAUCAAAAAACAACAACAUGUCAUUGCGUAAACAAAAGCUUUGUGUGUAUGCACAUUCGAUAGUAUAAUAUUGUUAAGUUACCAGGUAGGAUUGCGGCUAAAACACAUCACACAAAUGAUGAUAUUAAAAAACUUGCAACAAAUAUACAAUUUAACAGAUUUGUUAAUUCGAAAAGCACAGAUGAGUUUAAACAAUUAAUUAUAAGGGUUAGAUAAAGCAUACAAUGAUACUGAAAGGGAGUUACUUAAAAAUAAAAACACGACAAAAACAACAACAAGUUACCACCUGGAUGGGAAUUUUAAAAGAACAUCUGCAACAAAUAACAGACGAAUUAAUUGAUACAGAUGAGUUAUAAACAAGAUUAAACUCAGCUAGAUGCUCAAUAUUGUAAUGAACCUGUCAUUAUACAGUAACUCACGUGGAUGUUAACUUGACAUCCUUCUGUGGAACUAAUAUACAAUACUGAGAGAUAAUUUAAGACUACGAUAUUUUUUUAUAAAUUUGCACUUACCUGAGGUCAUACCUGUUUAAAUUCCAUCCUAUCAUUUUAUUCCUGUUGCUAUGCACUUACAAAGGGGGUUCUCCACCCACCUUACAUAUACGUGUUGAAUGUAUUUGAACUGAUAAGUAUAUUGCAUCAUCUUCUUAAUUAGAUAAACAUUAUUUGUUCAUAUUUGUCCUAUAAUAAUCAUUUAUAUUUUGAGCCACUUCGUUACUGGUUGAUUUUAUGUCUUGAAUUUGUAUUUUUUAUAAUGUAAACAAACUGUCAUGGCUGCCGGACCGCCCGGUGGGCAUUGUGAGUACCGUCCUACCGGUCCUUCUGUUCUGUCAGGGCGAUCCUCCGGUCCAAUCCUCGGUGAUUGGUCAGCGUUUCACCGGUGAUUGGUCGGACGUUUCACCGGUCCGGUCGCCAUUGGUCAGUUUGGAUCACGUGGGCAUCUCUUGUUCUCCAUAUAAACAGCGUUCCUUUCGUGAUCAGCAGUUCGAAAUUUGAGUUCAGAUAGCUCGAUUAGGUUAGGUUACACCCGUAUGUCUGAGCUUGAUCAUUGACGUUGGAUAGCUCGUUUAGGUUAGGAAACACCCGUAAAUCUGAUAGGUCUAGUAGUUUGACCGUACGUAAAUUCGAUAAGGUCUUACUAGUAGUUUGACCUUACAUAAAUAACAAGUUGUUUUAACGAAAGAUAAUUGUUACCGAAUAUAGAAAACGCGAGAGCCCAUCCAACUUAAACUGUUGUCUGAUGACUACACAUGUGUUUGAUGUUUAUGAUUCUAGGAUAUAAGAAUACACUAUAAACCGUUAAACGUUCAACUCGGUGUUCGUUGUGUUUCAGCAUCUUCCCUGACCUUUAAGGAAGUUUGCCUUGACUGAGUAGGUCGUUACAAUAUAAUACUUAAUACACCAAAGUAAAAGCUAAUGAUUCUAAAAAAACAAGAGGUUGAUGAAUCAACUAAUGAAGAGCAAUUAAGAACACUUCUUAAAACUGUUAGUGGACAAAGGUGUAAAAUAGAAGAUCCGAUUUUACAUCAAAUCGAAUCAUCUGCAACUGUUGCCGAAGUUUAAGCUUUAAAAAGGGAAAGUAUUAAAUAUUGAUGGAAAUAUAGAUUUUAAUGUUGAUUUAGGCGUACAAUUAUCCGAAAAGGUGAACAAUUUAGAAACUAAAUUCCUGUCAUUACAAACAGGAGAUUUGAAUACAAUAUAGCCGACAAAUACUGAACUAAAACAGAAACUAAAUGCUUGAACCUUCUUGUUAAAGAUUGCUGCGUUAGUUUGUAGGUAUAACACUACAAAACAAUUAUAAAGACAGGUUUUGCUGUAUAUUCUUUUAAUAUGGAUAGAGCGUAAACCUCUAAAUGGGUUUUAUCCAAGAUUAGUGGAUCUUUUUACACGCACCAAAGAAAUCCUUCUUGAUGAUCCCGAUAAUUCAGUUGUUUAGUUUAAAGACACAAUACAUGUAGAAAAUAUCUAAGUCUUGCCCUUGUUCAUCACUUCAAUAAUACUUUAUUCAUUUUGUUCUUUCAUGCAUGCAAUAUUGAAUAUGCGUAUUUAUGUUUGUGUUUU